UAUCAGUCUUAUCUGCAUCACAUCCAAGUUCACCACAACAGAGUAUACAAAGCUUGGUAGAAUGGCUAAUCUUGUCCCAAAAGCCUUCUUUCUUCUUCUGUUUCUAUCCAUUGUUCUGCUUCUGAUAAGUUCAGGGCAGAGUGAUGGAGAACAUCAUAUGUUGCAGGAUCAUGGUGUGAAGAAAUCAACAAUCCCUCCAGAAUGGAAAAUAGUCCAGGGCCCAUGUUCAAAGUUCCCAGAAUGCAAUCAGUAUUGCCUCUCUAUGGGAUUCCCUUUAGGUGGAUCAUGUGGAAGAACAGCUCCACAGUCAGUACUUUACUGUCUCUGUAAAUCUCACUAAGUCUAGGAGAAUGAGAUUCUCGGUCAUAAUCCUUCUCUUAUCAAUGAAUAAUAAUUCUACACCCCAUAUAUGUCAA